AUGUACACGCCUGGUGGCCAUCGCACGUCGCUCCUCAGCGGGAGGGUGACCGAGCUGCUGGAAAGUCUCAAGGCCGAGUUUGAGACCAUUGCACACGAUGCAAACCUCUUCAAAAUGCAGAGAGACGACUACGAAAGAAAAUUGCAAGCGCAACUGGGGGAGCUCGGUAAUCUGCAACAGACACUCUACGAUCUCGAGAGAAAUCAUACCAAGGUCAAGCAAACAUUGGAGGAAGAGGUGUUGAGGUGGAGGCGGCAAUCAGAGGCGUUGGCAAGCGGCACCGCAGCAGCAAGCACUCACAACCCUUCGGCAACGAAUGGAACCUUCGGAACCCCGCCUCCUCCCGUUAGAGUGGAGACCAAUCCCAUCGCACCGAACUUUGGCGGACUGCCGAGCGGCUCCAUGUUCCCGCCCUACGGCCUCAGCCCAAUUGAUAACGUCAACAAGCGCGCGUUUUCAUCCACUUCCACUACUCCCUCUCCCACCACUGCCAUUCCACCAGCCAAGAGGCCGCGUCCAGAGCCGUUUUACAGUGAGGCACCGCCGGUGACGGGAGGGAAUAUUCCACCUAAGCUCAGUCCGAUUGGAGACAUGCCCACGCGAGUGAAGACGGAGAAAAAGGACACAGACGCGCUGCCGAUCGCCCCCAUCAGGGAUCUCCCGGAAAACGGAGACAAGGAGAGUUCCAGCAAGAGGGAGUCCAGCCACAGCCGCACACCACCCAACGAGAGAGCGCACUCCGUCUCGCCCACGAUGGAAAAGGGCGGCCGUGGCGAAGACCGGCCAGAGUCUUCCACCGACAUAGCCAAGAAGGUCAUGGACGAACAAAAUUGCAUCCGAAAAGAUGACUGGAUUGUGGGAUACAACCCGAGCGUCCCCAAGACCAUCGCCAUCGACCUGAAGCACACCGAAGAACACUCGAGCGUUGUCUGCUGCGUGCGAUUCAACCACGAUGGCAACUAUAUGGCCACGGGGUGCAACAGGAGCGCGCAAAUCUACGAUGUUGAGACGGGCGUCAAAGUGAGCACGUUCACCGACGAGAACGCCAAGGACGGGGACCUCUACAUCAGGUCGGUGUGCUUCAGCCCCGACGGCAAAUACUUGGCGGCAGGCGCCGAAGACAAAACGGUCAAGGUGUGGGACAUCGAAAAGAAGACCAUCAAGUACACCUUCGUCGGCCACGAAUUGGACAUCUAUUCGCUCGACUUCUCGAGCGAUGGCCGCUUCAUCGUCUCGGGCAGCGGCGACAAAAAGGCCAAGGUGUGGAGCAUGGAAUCGGGCAAGUGUCUGUUCACCCUGGGCAAUGAUGAUGUGGGACCCAAGGACGGCGUCACGUCUGUCGCUAUCAGUCCCGAUGGCCGACUCGUCGCUGCGGGAUCCCUCGAUCGAAUUGUCAGGCUGUGGGACGCGGAGACAGGCUACUUCCUCGAGCGCUACGAGGGCCACCUCGACUCCGUGUACUCGGUUGCCUUCUCUCCAGACGCCAAGUCGCUCGCCUCUGGCUCGCUGGACAAGACCCUCAAGCUGUGGGACAUUUGUAACCCGCGCGCAAGGUCGCGGUGCCGAUCCACCUUCAAUGGCCACAAGGACUUUGUGCUCUCGGUGGCCUUCUCGCCGGACGGAAACUGGCUGAUCUCGGGAUCGAAGGACCGCUCCGUCCAGUUUUGGGACCCUCGCUCGGCCGCCACGCACCUCAUGCUGCAGGGGCACAAGAACUCGGUCAUCAGCGUUGCCGUCAGCCCGAGCGGCAAGGCCUUCGCCACCGGCAGUGGCGACUGCCGUGCGCGACUUUGGUCCUUCAACGCCAUCUAG